AUGACUUCGAUUUACACAUCUACGGAACCUACUACUUCUGCUUUCACAACCGAAGAAUACAAACCGCAGUUAGUUGAAGGUGUAAAUUCUGUGCUUGUUAUUGGAUCAGGUGGUCUUUCUAUUGGUCAAGCUGGUGAAUUCGAUUAUAGUGGUUCUCAAGCUAUCAAAGCUCUAAAGGAAGAUGACAAGUUCACCAUAUUGAUCAAUCCAAAUAUCGCCACUAACCAAACGUCCCAUUCUCUGGCUGAUAAGAUCUACUACUUGCCCGUCACACCAGAAUACAUCACAUAUAUCAUCGAACUUGAAAGGCCAGACGCCAUACUUUUGACCUUCGGUGGUCAAACGGGGCUAAACUGCGGUGUAGCUCUGGACCAAUCUGGAGUUUUGGCCAAAUAUAACGUCAAAGUUUUGGGUACCCCCAUCAAGACUUUGAUCACUUCUGAAGAUAGAGACCUUUUCGCAUCUGCAUUGAGGGAAAUCGAUAUCCCGAUUGCGGAAUCCUUUGCUUGUGAAACUGUAGAUGAAGCCUUGGAUGCUGCUGAAAGAGUCAAAUACCCUGUUAUUGUCAGAUCGGCAUAUGCCCUGGGAGGGUUGGGCUCGGGUUUUGCUAACAAUGCUAGUGAAAUGAAGGAGCUUACUGCGCAAUCCUUAUCUCUGGCCCCACAAAUUCUCGUUGAAAAAUCUUUGAAAGGCUGGAAAGAAGUGGAGUAUGAAGUUGUUAGGGAUAGGGUCGGUAAUUGUAUCACAGUAUGUAACAUGGAAAACUUUGACCCACUGGGUGUUCACACCGGUGAUUCUAUAGUUUUCGCUCCAUCGCAAACUUUAUCAGAUGAAGAAUUUCAUAUGUUGAGAUCUGCGGCCAUCAAAAUCAUUAGGCACCUGGGGGUUAUUGGUGAAUGUAAUGUCCAAUAUGCCUUGCAGCCUAAUGGGUUAGAUUAUAGAGUUAUUGAAGUGAAUGCCCGUCUCUCUCGUUCCUCUGCGUUGGCCUCUAAAGCUACCGGUUAUCCCCUAGCAUAUACAGCCGCUAAAAUUGGCUUAGGAUACACCUUGCCAGAAUUGCCCAACCCAAUUACAAAGACUACCGUGGCUAAUUUUGAGCCAUCUUUAGACUAUAUUGUGGCCAAAAUUCCCAAAUGGGAUCUUUCCAAGUUUCAAUAUGUGGACAGGUCCAUUGGUUCCUCCAUGAAAUCAGUCGGUGAAGUUAUGGCCAUCGGCAGAAACUAUGAAGAGGCCUUCCAAAAGGCAUUGAGACAAGUGGAUCCAUCAGUAUUAGGUUUCCAAGGUUCUGCGGAAUUUGGCGAUGGACUUGAUGAAGCCUUGAGAACUCCAACGGAUAGAAGAGUCCUCGCCAUCGGUCAAGCCUUAAUCCAUGAAAAUUAUACUGUCGAGAGAGUUAACGAACUGAGUAACAUUGACAAAUGGUUUCUCUACAAGUGUAUGAAUAUUGUUAACAUUUAUAAAGAGCUUGGAUUAGUUGAGUCCUUGAGUCAUUUGAACAAGGACCUUUUGCAGAGAGCUAAGAAAUUAGGAUUUUCCGAUCAACAAAUUGCAGUUACUAUUAACAAGCACUCUUCCGCGAAUAUUAGCGAAUUGGAAGUUAGAAGUUUGAGGAAGAAAUCAGGAAUUAUCCCAUUUGUUAAGAGAAUUGAUACUCUGGCGGCAGAAUUUCCAGCACAGACUAACUAUUUGUACACCACAUACAACGCUACUAAGAACGAUGUGGAGUUUAAUGAAAACGGCAUGCUUGUUCUAGGUUCAGGUGUCUAUCGUAUUGGUUCGUCAGUGGAAUUUGAUUGGUGUGCUGUGAACACCGCCAAAACCUUAAGAGCUCAAGGUAAGAAAACUAUCAUGAUAAAUUAUAACCCAGAAACUGUCUCGACAGAUUUCGAUGAAGUUGAUAGAUUAUACUUUGAAGAAUUAUCGUAUGAAAGAGUAAUGGACAUUUACGAAAUGGAGCAAGCCGAGGGCUGUGUCAUUUCUGUCGGUGGACAAUUGCCUCAAAACAUUGCUUUGAAGCUCUACGAUAACGGCUGCAAUAUAUUGGGUACUAAUCCAAAUGAUAUUGAUAGAGCUGAAAACAGGCACAAAUUUUCUUCAAUUUUGGAUUCCAUUAAUGUCGACCAGCCUGAAUGGAGUGAGCUAACAUCCGUUGAAGAGGCCAACUUAUUCGCAUCUAAAGUUAACUAUCCUGUAUUGAUUCGUCCAUCCUAUGUUCUUUCUGGUGCGGCAAUGAGUGUUGUUAACAACGAAAAGGAACUUAAGACCAAGUUGACUUUGGCGUCUGAUGUUUCCCCUGACCAUCCAGUCGUCAUGUCUAAAUUCAUUGAAGGUGCCCAAGAAAUAGAUGUUGACGCAGUUGCUUAUGAUGGUACCGUCCUGGUACAUGCAAUUUCUGAGCAUGUGGAGAAUGCAGGCGUCCAUUCUGGUGAUGCUUCAUUGAUCUUACCGCCACAACAUCUCUCUGAGCAUGUGAAGAUAUCCUUAAAGGAUAUCGCUGAUAAGGUCGCCAAAGCUUGGAAAAUCACUGGUCCUUUUAAUAUGCAAAUCAUCAAAGAUGGAGAACACGUGUUGAAAGUAAUUGAAUGUAAUAUCAGGGCUUCUAGAUCUUUCCCAUUCGUUUCUAAAGUUCUAGGCGUUAAUUUCAUUGAAAUUGCUGUAAAGGCGUUCUUGGGCGGCGAUAUUGUACCAAAACCAGUUGAUUUAAUGCUCAACAAGAAGUAUGAUUAUGUUGCUACUAAAGUUCCUCAAUUCUCUUUUACGAGAUUAGCUGGUGCUGAUCCUUUCUUGGGGGUUGAAAUGGCAUCUACUGGUGAAGUUGCAUCAUUUGGUAAAGAUUUAAUUGAAAGCUACUGGACUGCUAUCCAAAGUACGAUGAACUUCCAUGUACCUUUGCCUCCAAGUGGUAUUCUAUUUGGUGGUGAUUUAUCUAAGGAAUAUUUGGGCCAAGUGGCUUCUAUAGUGGCCACUAUCGGUUACAGAAUUUAUACUACCAAUGAAGCGGCCAAAAGUUAUCUACAGAAACACAUCAAAGAGAAGGAUCUGCAGGUAUCUUUGAUCGAAUUCCCAAAGAAUGACAAGAGAAAAUUGCGAGAGCUUUUCCAGAAAUACGAUAUUAAAGCUGUUUUCAAUUUAGCUUCUAAGAGAGCAGAAAGCACUGAUGAUGUUGAUUAUAUUAUGAGGAGAAAUGCUAUUGAUUUUGCCAUUCCAUUAUUCAAUGAACCUCAGACUGCCUUAUUAUUUGCCAAGUGUUUGAAAGCGAAAAUUGCGGAAAAGAUCAAAAUUUUAGAAUCUCAUGACGUUAUAGUCCCACCAGAAGUUCGUUCGUGGGACGAAUUUCUUGGCUUCAAAGCAUAUUGA